AUGACCCACAAAACACUCCUCAUAUGUGCGCUCCUAUACACUGCCACAGCCCAAGCGUACGAGCAGAGAUCAGAUAUAACAUCAAGAUGGGGCCAAGCUGCAGCCUACAUACCCUCUCCGCCUACCCUCAUCCUGCAAGGCGGUAAAGCCGAUUCCUCUUUCUCCUACUCCUCCGCCCCCAACACUGCCUCUACCCUCCUGCUCCCUCUCAGCUCAUCUUUCAACGCCUCCUCACCACCAUGGGCCGAGCUCGACUCCUCUUCGGGGCCUACUGCCUCGUGGCACACAAUCUCCCCUGUCAGCGAGUCUGGCGAUACCUGGCAGCUCUUGUCUUUCGGCGGAGAUGGCAGUGGCAAUCAAGCGAGCACCACCGCGAACGAUUCUACAUGGCUCAUGACUCUCGACACUUCCAGCUCUUCCGCUUCUUACGCUCACCAAACAACAGGCUGGGCAUCUCAGCCUAUGAACAGGGUCUACCAUUCUGCAGCUUCCUCUUCCGAUGGCAAGGUCUACAUUACCGGCGGUCUCAAAGACGAUGGCUCUGGCGUCACGUUCUCUGAUGUCUACGAGUUUGACCCUUCCACUGCCUCUUUCAGCACCUUGCCGUCCUUUCCUGAACAGGUGUAUCACCACACUUCCGUGCUCCUCUCUAACGGUACCCUCCUCGUAUUCGGCGGCGCCUAUACCUCCCAGGCUACGAGCAACGCCGACGUCCGUUCGUUCAACUCCAUCUAUCGUCUAGACGUUUCCUCAGACUCUCCCGCCUGGGAUGAGAUUACCCUUUCCUCUGAUAGUCUGCCCACCGGGAGGAGGGGUGCGACGGCGGCAUUGAGUGGUGAUGGGACGAAGGUGGUACUGAUCGGAGGAGCGAGUGCUGGGUUGGGGGAUGUUUAUGGAGAUGUGUGGGUGUUGGAUGUUGAUACGUUGGUAUGGGAGCAGACGUCUUCUGUGGAUGGCGCUGGAUCGAGAUAUGAUCACUCUGCAGUAGCUGUCGGAUACUCCACCUCAGGACCAGCUGACAGCACCCUCUACAUAUUUUCCACUUCCACUUUCUCCUGGGUCACCGACUUUUCCGCCCUUUCAUCGUCGUCUUCGGGUAGAGACAGCAGCAGCUCGUCCCAACAGAGUGAGUCUGGCGGAUCUACCACCAACAACAACAUACCCUCUUCCAUCGGGCAGCCGAACAGUCCUGGCAGUGCCUCGACCGGCGCACCUGCGUCCACCGGAACGUCAGGCUCGGCGGGCUCGGACGACGGAUCAGUGUCGACCCCGGGUUCGGAGAGUAGUGGCAGCCCGACUUUGAACAAUCCCGUAACAACUUCGACAGAGUCCACAGCCCCGAGCGACGCAGGUGCCAACUCUCACCCGCUCACCACGCCCAUCCUCGUCGGCGUCAUUGUCGGCUCUGUCGGCCUCUUUGCGUUGGUCCUCGGCCUUUGCUUCUGGGUCAUCCGCAGGCGAUCUCAACGUCGUCGAUAUGGCAAGGAGCCCGUCUGGCCUGCUAGCGGACCUAGAGGCCGUAUUCCUAGCGGCGCUACCAGUGGAUAUGGAGGUGAAAAGAGGGGGCCUGGUUUGAUGGACGAGAUGAGAGAGAAGAAUAUGCCCAAUGCCCCUGCUCCUGGAGCUGCGUCGGCGCAGGGUGGAUGGGGAGCUGCUCUGGGGGCGGUCAAUGCGCAGGUGUCGAGCAUCUCUUCUCGAAUUCGCGCUGGUCGCUGGGCUGAAUCUUAUACCGAGCUGCAUGACGAUUCGCUUGGACACGAGGAUCCUGUCACUGUCACCCCCGGAACCUCUCAAAAGCUUACCAGGCGAGAAGCUCAAGGGAUCCGCCUCAUCGGCCCUCGUCCUCAGCGCGGCAAAUCACUCUACUACGCUCCCAACUCUCCCAACAAGCCUGCUCGCGCGAGCGUGAUCCGGGACGAGCGAAUCGACAUGCUGAGCGACGAAGAUACCCGUCAAUACAAUAAUGUUCGUCCCGCGAGCUACUCUGAUAGCGACUCUGAGGGCGAUCUGGGUGUUUGGAGGAGGUCUGGAGAGAGUGAGAGGGGGAGUGGUACCGAUUUGAGUGGGCCUAUACUGGUGCCUUUCAAAGGCGGUCCUGUUCCGACACCCAAAGAGUCUGAGGCGGGAUCAGUCAACUCUGCUCAGAGGUAUCAGCUUCCCAACUUUGGCCCCACCGAGCCACUCGACCUCUUUUCGUGGCUAUCCACCAAAAACGCACGUCAUACUGGUACCAACGUAUCUGCCCGGUCAGGGAGGUCGGGAGUGACAGACUCGUCCAGGCAGCAAUCUGAUCUUGAGGAAGGUAUCGUUGUCGAUGGCGUUCAGCGUGGAGUCCGGGAUGAAGCGAGUAUCGUCUCGCUCUCGCCUGUUGAGCCUGCAGAGCCCACGUCUUUGAGGAGGAACGAGUCGUUCUUGAGGCGGAUGGCGGAUGCUGGCGUGUCGGUAUUCAGAAAGAACAGUCAAGCGAGCGACCGCUCGAGAGCUGGAAGUCAGGUUGGAAUUCGAGACCCGGCACCUCAGCCCACGCUGUGGCCUAUCGAAUCCCGAGAUCAGUCCUCUGCUCCUUCUGCGCCUACCAAUCCUUCUCCUACCACCUCGUCCCCCGAGUCUGCACACCCUCCCACCAGCUGGUCUACCAAUGCGGUCAGGCUGGCGCAUCAUACAGGACCGAGCAUGUCGAGUAUCAACUCGGCGCGGUCGAUGAGGGAUAUGGUACUGGUGCAAAGAGAAGGGACGGACGAAGGCUCGGAGAGUGUUGGUGUUGUGGAGGAAGCGCCUGAAGCCUAUGAAGACGACAGGUUGAUGGGCUAUGAGGAGAGAGAUGAUACUAUGAGGGUCAUGGAGAGCGAAGAUGAGGAAGCGAGCGAGAGCGACAUCACCUCGUCUGUGGAAGAUCAGUGGGCAGAGGCCAGGACGUCCAGUUACCAGACUGCCGUCGAGGACGAAGGAGAUUUGAUGGCCAACUUUGACUUUGGGCCAAACACUUUGGACUUGAGUUUGAAUGACGUCCCUAUCGCUCCUGUCAAGUCGGAUCACCGACUUUCGAGCGUUAGUAUUCCUUCGUCCCUGCCGACAGUCUCUGAGAGUCGAGAGCCUACUUCACCUGAGAGAAGCCCAUCGCCCGAGACCACUAUCCCAGAGGCUCCCAUCGCCGUUCCUCCGGCCGUCGUUGCGGCCCCCACAGUACCCAAACCUCGGACUGUCCCAAAAAUCGAGCCGAAGAAGUUUGAACAUCCCCCAGCUCCGACUGCUCCUCUGCGCCACGUUCCCCUUCCCAAAAAGGCUUCCUCCAACGACACUCCCAAAGCGAAGCCUCCUUCUGGCAACAGCAAGGGUCGACGCCCAGUUAGGGACGUGGUCAACUCGAUCAACAAGCGCGGUGCCAAGACGCCCACGAAUUUGAUUGCCCCUAGGGUAAUGUACUCUCACGCUCCGGAGAGAGUGGCCUCGAUUAGGUCGAGCAAUACCGGGUCGAGUGAGGAGAUACAGAGGACGGCUACGCCGCCUAGACCAGUCAGCGUCGGGGAAUCGUCGCAAAAGUCGGCUAGGCGUAUCAGCUUUGCAGAGCCUGCGCACAAGACGGCUACGCCACCCAGACCACUUUCUUACUCCUACUCUGAUCCUUUCGCCGAUGGAUCUCCUUCCGCUUCUUCCCCUGCGAGACCAUCUUCCAUCACCCCCUCCCGCAUAUCGUCCCCAUCUCGCCCCACCUCACUGCUAGGAUCGCCGCCUAGCAAGAGAAACUCUUCUGGCAUGGGGCUUUUGGGACUCAAGGAGAAGACGACGAUUUGGGAGGUGAUGAAGAAGGAGGAGAAGCUAAAGAUUGUGAAUCCCGAUGGGAGAAGGAGAACGGUGUCUGGGAGAGAGCUGCCUUGA